AUGGGAUCAAACUGUUGUAAGAACGUUCGUGUAAGUGGUGUUUCUCAGCCAGAACCAGCCAACGUAAACAAUUUAGAAGAGCAGCAUAAAAAAUCCAUACUUUCUGUUACACCACCAAUACCAAUAGAAUUUGAUGCUGAUAAAAAUCAUACACAAUCGAAUUCUACACAUCCCGCACAACAUCCGAACUCUGUCGAUGCUGACAAUAAUGAUAAAAUUCCUACUUCUUUACGCGUUCGAGAAGCUUCGAAUGAAAAUAAUCUAGUAAACAAUCAUAAAUUCAUUACUUCCUCUCAAUUUCCACCGAUUCGACGAAAAAAAUAUAAUUCAAAAAAUGAACAACAACAAUCCACUCAUCCUGUACCAUUAGUAUUAAAAAAGCCUGUUAUUGAAGAAACCCAUGACCGGAUAACAAGUGGUCGUUUACCACCAUUGCAAAAACCUAUGAAUGUUAAGAAUGAUGCCACUCUUGUAGAAUCUGUAUCAGGUGAAAGCUAUUCAGAGAGUGAUGAUAAAGUUGCUGAUCAUUGGCGUCUAAUGGUAGUACCCGACAGAGCUGAUUUCUAUGAAGAAGAUAGAUUUUUCACAUCAACUCCAAUCCCACCAAGUCCAGAGCAAUCAAAUUCCGAAAAGGAACACGCUGAAACUUUGAAUCCUUUGUUACGACCAGUGUCAAAUAAUAUUGGUUCUGAUGACGAACAUAUAUCUGCUCCAUUAAAUCUAGCACAGAUUCUACGACUUCAAGCAGCACUCAAUUGGGACGAACAUUGUAAACCUGUACCAAUUCCAGAGUUAAAAAUUUCGCCACAACAUCUAUAUUCUAUUACCGAUAAAAUAAACGUGCCGUCGACUAUAAUUCGAAACAUUGACGAUGAUAAUAUUUCUGAUAGCUCAUUUGAUGAAUCUACUAUUUAUUUAUCUAAUACAUCAGUCGUUUCUAAUGAUAAGAAAAAUACUGCUGAUGAACUUGACAUUAUUCAUCCAGAAGCAUUCGAUGAACCUUUUAAUGUACAACGUCAACAUGUGAUCGACAACAGUAGUUAUCGUUUAAUUGUUGAAGCUUGGCGUCCUAAUUCGAUUGAACAGCUUGUCGAUCAUAUCAAAAACUUUUCAAAAAAUAAACCGACUAUCGAUCGGCUUUGGAUUGUAUUCUAUUGGAUUGCACGAAAUAUUGAAUAUGAUACUGUACCAUAUGUUGGGAAAAAACAUGUUGACAAAUCAGCAGAAGCAGUUUUCCGAACAGGAAAGGCUAUAGCCGAUGGAUAUGCCAAUUUAUUUAAACAUUUAUGUGAUUCAUUGGAUUUAACGUGCGAGAAAGUAAAUGGCUAUUCGAAAGCAUACAUCUUUGAUCCUUGCAAUAAAUCAUCUGUACCGAUCGAUCAUACAUGGAAUGCCGUUCAAAUAAAUCAACACUGGUUUCUUAUUGAUUUAACGUGCAGUGCUGGUUAUCUUGAUAAUAAUCAAGUAUUCAAACGUGAAUUAAAUUCGUACUAUUUUCUUGCGCGACCGAAUGAGAUGAUUUAUCAUCAUUUUCCUACCAAUGAACGAUGGCAACUAUUAAAAAAACCUGUCAAAAUGAUGCAAUAUAUGCAGAUGCCUAAACUUUGGCCAAAAUUUUUUCAAUUAAAUCUUAAAUUGAUCAUUCCUAGUAACAUAAUACACGUUGAUCUAGUUCCACGCCAAUCUUAUGCAUUAGUGGUGAUACAAGCUUCGCGUAAUAUUAGUCUUACUGCAAGUUUCAUGCUGAACGAAAAAGAAAUUGAUGGUGGACAUCGAAUCAUAUACGAUAGACAAAAACGGCUCUAUCGUUGCUAUUUCGCUCCAGCUUCGAUAGGUGUCCAUAUAAUACGCUUCUUGGCAAAAGACGAUAAUAUUGAUAAUGGUUCAUAUAAUAAUGUGGCUGAGUUCGAAUUUGAUGUAAGACAAAUGCCAUCAAAACCAAUUAGUUUUCCAAAAACUUGGAAGUCUUUCUCCGAAUUAAAUCUUGAAAUUGCUUGGCCGUGCAAUACACAUAUAAUCAAAAUGGAUCAUGGCGACAAUCAUACUGAAAUUCUUAUUCGAGCACCAAGUGAUGUUGAACUUGCCAGUCGACUAAUUGUAGAUAAUAGUAUAAAAAUUCCUGGAGGACAUUGUACGUUUUUAGAUCGACGAAAAGAUGUCUGGCGAUGUAUGUUUGCACCUCAUUGUGAUGGUUUAUUCGAAGCUUAUAUUUUAGCUAAAAGACGAUUAGAUCCUGGCAGCUUCGCAGUUGCUGUACGAUUCAAGAUUAAAGCACGACGAAUUCCGAUACCACCACUUUCAUAUCCAAAGACAUGGCAACUUUUUCACGAUCUCGAUCUUCAGGUAGAAACACCACGCAAUAGUGCUAUAGUUAUGUGGCCUGAAUAUGGUUCCUAUGCUCAAGUAUGCAUAAAAACACCGGACGAUGUUCGAUUGAUGUGCUGUAUAGAACAAAAUGGUAUUCGAAUAGAAAAUGGAGCAUUAACACAGUUUAAUAGUGAAAAACAACAUUGGCAAUUAUUCUUUGCACCAGAACAUAUUGGUAAGCAUAAAUUAUUGGUUUUUGCACAUUGCAGUACUCCUGACGGAGUAAUAUCAGGAAUGGCUGUUGAGUUUUAUCUCGAUGUAACACAACUUCGACAUUCAAUUAAAUUUCCAGUUAUAUAUACAGCAUUUCUCACUAAAAAAUGUCGCAUAUACGAACCCUUGAAUGGAAUUUUAAAAAGAGGUGCCGUCGUUUCCCUUCAUUGUGAAAUACCUAAUGCAAGACAAGUCGAUUUGACUAUUGAUUCAAAAUGGAUAAAAACAGAAGGUUAUCGAAAUUCAAUUUUAAAAAGACAAAUUAUUGUUGGCACAAGAGAAGUGAUUAUAUAUGCUAAAUAUGAUGAGAAUACCGUUUACAAUGAACUUAUAAAGUAUACUGUUCAAUGA